GACAAAAGCACCAUGCAUUCGACUUUGGCCAUUCUGUCCGGUCUUUUGACCUUCAUCACUUUCACCACUACCGUCACUGCCCACGGUUUUGUCCAAGGCAUCGUCACCGGCCACAAAUGGUAUCCUGGAGCCCAACCCUGGUGGCGUGUCAACCCGAACGUUCCUCAUGCCAAAACCGCCGGCUGGUCAUCACUAAACCAAGACCUCGGAUUCAUCUCUCCUUCCGAAUACAAUACUGCAGACAUUGCUUGCCAUAAGAGCGCCAAGUCCACAAACACACGUAUCCCUGUCAAGGCUGGAGAUAAAGUAAGACUGCUUUGGAGUGAUUGGCCUUCUAGUCAUAAAGGACCGGUUAUCACUUAUCUUGCCAAGUGUCCUGGAGAUUGCAGUAUUGUCAACCCUACUACUCUUGACUGGUUCAAGAUUGAUCAAGCGGGUCUGAUUAAUGGCAAUCCUGCACCUGGUACUUGGGCUUCCGACACUCUCAUUGCAAACAACAACUCUUGGACUGUUACCAUCCCACCCACCUUGGCUCAAGGCUCUUACGUCCUCCGCCAUGAGAUCAUUGCUCUACACAGUGCAGAUAAAGCCAAUGGUGCUCAAAACUACCCUAACUGUAUCAACUUCCAGAUCUCUGGAAAGGGCACUGCUAAGCCUGCAGGUGUCAAGGCUACCAAGCUUUACAGUACUAAUAGUAAAAGCAUUGCUAUCAGUAUCUAUUGGCCUGUGUUGAAGAGUUAUACUAUUCCUGGGCCUGCGCUUUGGAAGGGAGCUGUCAAGAGAUGGAUCGAGAGAAUUUGGGAAGCGUAG